AUGAAAUUCAAAAUAACUUUCAAACCAAAGUUUUGGGCCUUUAUUUCAGCCAACCCUAUUUCCAUUCAGCAACCCAUUCCAAUCUACUCGUGCCAACCCUAUUCACAAUUUUUCUCACAAAAUACCCAGCCGAAAAAUACAAUACAUCAGCGAUCCAAAUAUUCCCAGAACACAAUUCCAGCAACACAUCCUCUUCUUUGUGAAGCAGAGCCCAGCCAGUACGCAGCCCAUCGCGAUCUAGACCAGCAGAUUCGGCAACGUGAGUCCACUCUCGCGCGUCGUCUCUCUCUUAUCCUCCAUAGGAAUAAUCUUCCAGGUGUGAAGAUCGUGUUAUUCCUUCGUACUUCGCUCAGAAAUCAGGCGGAGGCCAUUCUAUAUCUGUUGAGAACAUGGUGGGGUAUAGAUCCCUUCAACUCGUUCCCGUCUCAAUUUUGCUGCCCAGAAAAGAUGCAGGUUAAGGGACGGAUUGACGACUCUUGAAACGGUUUGGACAUCAGCGUUUCUCCAGACCAUUUGGUAGGUCCUCUUGAUUUCGAGGAUGCUGCAGUUUUAGUCUAGCCUUAGUUUUAGAAAAUCUAGUAGAUGUGGUCCCUGGAGUUUCUUUCUUUCUUUCAUUUCGAAGCUUUUGUAAUAAGGCUGUGUUUGGCAAACGUAUUUAUGAUAUAUUCUUAUUCUAUUUCAAAUUGAUUCUUAUGAUA